UGAGGCUUGGCCAGUCGGCUUCCCGUCCACUCUCCCGCCAAGAGCCCCCAUGGAGUCUCAGGGACAAUCAAGACCUUCCGGGGCCUACAGCCUCCUUGUGCCGGGAUUGGACUCCCCAGACGUGGACGAGGAUGAUGGCGAGGUGGUGAUCGGCAUUCGGCCCAAGUCCUCUCCUCUCCCGCGCAGAAGGAGCUCCGUCACUGACGAGGACUCGGAGCCAGACUCCCCACCGCCUUCUGCGUCCAGGAGGGUGUCCUUUGCAGACGCCAAGGGUCUAAGUUUGGUGCAAGUGAAGGAGUUUGAUUUGUGGGAUGUGCCCAAGCUACCAGGAUUCGAGUCCCAAGAAGAUGACAUAGUGCUUACAGAGGACUACUUCCUGUCUCCUCUGACAUUUCACUCCCCAUUGUCUCCUGAGGAUCUGCUGGUGAGGGUCCAGGAGCAGAAAAUAGAGCUUGAGUCCCUCGAGUUGAUCCCAGGAACGAGCACGCUGAAAGGGGUUAUCCGUGUCCUCAACUUGUCCUUCCAUAAAGCAGUCUAUGUGCGAACCACUUUGGACGGCUGGGCCAGCCACUUUGACCUCCUGACAGAGUACAGCCCCGGUUCCGACAACCCUCAGAUGGACUGCUUCACCUUUAAGCUCACCUUAGUGCCGCCAUUCCUGGAGCAGGGAUCCCGUCUUGACUUUUGUCUGAGGUACGAGACCCCCUUGGGAACAUUCUGGGCCAACAAUGGCAACAGGAACUACGUGGUGCUCUGCCAGCAGAGAGUGAAGCAGACGGAGAUCCCCCAGAAGGAGAUGACACAGAAGAAAAGUUGCCUAAAGACAAUCAGCCAAAACUAUGUGGAAAACUCUUGGGAAACACCAUUGCAGGAAAAUCUGUCAUCAGUUGUACCAACAACUGGGGAAAAAGACGACUCUGGGAGAGCUGUUCGACUUCCUGAUGCCUGGUCAGAGGAAGAUGGAAAGAAUUUACAGGCCGAAAACCGGCGCAACUGCAGUCGAAAAAAACGGCGAAAGGCGGCCCGGAUGGCUCGGGUGAAGGACUACUUUUCUCAAAGAGAUGGCGCCACCCUAAACGAUCCAGGUGAUGUAUCGCCUCCAGAGGACAAAACAGUCACCAAAGAAGAAAUUUCCAUUGGAAAUCAGGAAAAUGUGCAAAAAGAGAACCGAAAACUAGGCGACUCAUUUAGUGAUGAGGUACUGAUGGAACACAAGAUGAAAAAAAUAGAACCAGAGACACCCUUGGACGUCUGUGUGGCUUCAUUACCAGGAGGAGACAGGAGCAGAGACAUGUCCAAUCCUGAGCCUCCUCCCGCUGAACAUUUUAACAUGUUUGAGGCUGAGGGUGCGGUGUUUGAAAACAGUCACUUGACACUUCCAGAAGAGACAGCUCCUCACACAGAGGAAGAAGACGCUUCAACAGAACGUGAAGCACUUCAGGAAAACACCGAUAGUGACUCAACACAAGAGUGCUUUGACAUCUCAGUGAAUGUUCCUCUCCUUGCGAAGGAUGCUUGCAAUGGUCCUGAGGUGCUCGAAGAUGUUUCUGAAAGUCAGGCAUCAGGUGAAAUAAGUAUCAACAAAAGUGAUGUAGUAGCAGGGGGCUCACAAACCACUCCACCAACAUACCUGCCAGUAAGUGAAGCUUCAGGUGAAACGCAGAAAGACACCCCGCUUCUGUCGCCUUCUCAAUUAGAUCACGACAACGUGGAUCACCAGGCCGGUUCGGACCUGGCAGAAGAUGCUGAGGCUUCAAACGAUCCCGGAGUUAUUAAUUACACAGCCAUCAAUGAACAUGAGAACAUCUGCAAUUCUUGUGUCGGACCCGAGGAGGAAGAGGUUGUUGAAAUACCUCAGACAUUUCCGCAAACUCCCGAGGAACCUUGCAAGGCCAGGCCCGAUUUCCAUGAAGUUGAGGUUGGAGGCAAAGAUGCUGAACCAAUCACGUUCAACCGAUCACACUUGACCAAAAAUCCAAAUGAAGAGACAUUUGGCUACACUGAGAAUAUUGAGGUCAAAGACCGGGAAAUGAUGAACAAGGAGGAGGAAAUGAAGAUAUUACCAGAUGAAGAAGGACAGAAACAUGACCACCUGAUAGAAGAAACUGAGGCCGUCACAUCAACUGAGGCAGAAGAGCUUGUGCCAUCCCAGAGCAAGAUCAAAACUGGAGAAGAGGAGCAUGUGGAGAGCGUUAUGUUUGAAGACUUUGAAGCCACAAAGCUGGAAAAGCAAGCUGGAGAAGUUACACAGAGAACUUCAGAAACGCUGCAAGACUUUGUAAAGAUGGAAGAAGGCAAAAUGGAGGUUGAGAUGUUGGAGAAGGUUGAUGAUGAAGAUGAGGUGGUUACAGAUGAGCGAGAUGAAGAUAUGCAGCAUUCACAGCACGUUGAUGUGGAAGAAAGCACACAAGAUGAAGUCCAGAGGUUGGAGUUCAGUCAUAGCAAGCUUGAGGAUGCUCUACUGAAUCGUUUACACAAGGAUGAUGGAUCCAGACAAGAUGCAAAAGAAGAACUAAAAGCAGUCCAGAGGUUGGAGUUUGAUCCUAGCAAGCUUGAGGAUGCUCUUCUGAAUCAUCUACAGGAGGAUGAUGGAUUCAGAGAAUAUCAAAGUGAAAAACCAGCUGCUAGGACCCCAGAUGAAACGGAUCUCCAAGAUGAUGGGGAAAAGACUGCGACACUGCAUGGCCAAGACGCGAACGAAGAACCCUGGAGCGGCCAAACGAGCAAUGAGAGCAACGAGAGCGAUUCGGAUGACGAGGUGGAGCUGUACAUGCACUGCCUGCGGGCGGUCCACACCGGCGCACGUCCCGCCAAAGAACAGCAAGCCGAUGUGGUUUUUAACCCAAGUAAAAGGACCUCUAUCAGCCGAAGCAAGCCGCUGUCCACACCUAUGCCGUCCAUCAGCGAGGCUGCAGAUGAGGAACAUCUCGGCUGCCUUCAGGAGAGCCGUGACAGUAUACAAGCAGCGGAUGUCCACGUUCAGCCACAGUCAAGAGAGCCUCCGAGCACUAUCAGAAAGGCGUCCUGGUGGAGAGAGACUUGUUCCUGUGGUUGCAUCUCCAAAACUUUGCUGUUUGCCACCUUGUUAGUGGUGUUUGUAGUCACAGCUUACUAUUACGACUUUCUGGCCUGUUUUGGCCUCUACUUGAUUUCUGUGGUUUGGCUCUUGUGCCAAGGAGAAAAACAUCCCAUGAAAGAUGACACAAAGGGCUGAAUUAACAAAUGAAACCACGUUAAACAUUCACAUCAACAUUUAUAUGAAGAAAAAGCAUUUCCUUGUCUUCUAUUUUUGAUUAAUUCUCUCAAACUGUGGACGCCACGCCAUGCCAAUUAACAGCCAAGUGUGUCGUUCACUUGUUUAAUGCCUCAUGUCAAACAAUAGUAGGUGGUUGUAUUUGACUAACAAUGUGUAACAAUGACAAAAAAUAUAUACCUUGACUGGCAAACCAAUAUCGAAUCAAAUUUUUUGGAAGCACUAUGUUUUUUAAUUGGACAUCCGGAAU